CCAAUACAUCGCCAUCACACCCAUCUACCUCGGAAUACCUACCUACCUAUCUACCUCACCUUAGUCUCCCAGGAUACCCAGAGGCAAACACGCGUGGAUCAGGAAGUGUGAUGCGAUCCUGCAGUGGGCUCAACUCUUUUCGACCGGUCUGCCUUUCCACCAAACACCAAUGCUCAUCUGCUGAAUGCUGGCCUCUCUAUGCGCAUGCCCCCGUAUACUUCACGUCCCGUUCAACAAUUUCUCGAAUCAUUGGCAAUGCAACACUGGCCUCAAAUCCGGGUUAUACCCCUCACCCACCGGGGCCAAUCGCCGGGCCAUGAGAGAGAUACCGAGAUGGCAACGACUCCAACGACAUGACAUGGGGCGCUCGUCACUGGCUAGGGCAGGGUCUGUCCACCUCACAGGCUCAAUGUCCGUCUGGCUUCUACUUGUCAAGCACAGAAGUUUUCCACGGCCACUACGCCGCCAAACCCCUGGUCUCCUCCUCCAGAAACCCCCGCCAGAGAUCUCCGUUUAUUACCGGGUUCUAAGCGGGACAAUGAUCAGGGAUAUCAUCUGGGUAUGGAGUACCGAGUACUGCGCAGGCAUGUGGCCGACCGCGCUGCCCUCGCUACCGGACUACUUUGUGCUUGACGAUGAAUGUAAGCCCGCCACUGGCGCUGCUUUUGCAAAGUUGUUUCUGGCUGGGUCUACGUCUGGCAUUGGGUUGGUUGAUUGUGGGACGUGGGUGGACAAAGCCCAACGACCGCAUGCUCGACGGCCCCGAUGUCAUGGCAAGUCCCGGGCCGCUGAAGAUCAUGGAUGGUACUGGUCUUGACGGGGAACGGGAACGGGAAAAUACUGGAUGGUUUCCACAAACUCUCCCUCCCGAGUCCCAAGGUCUCAAAUCAAGCACCCCAUUCUAAUCAUCCCCGGCUUUCUCUAUAUGUCUGCGGCACGAGCUGCUGGCCAGCAGCCAUUUCGAGUCAUUCCGCUUGACUCGGGGGGAGACACCUUCUUUUCUUUUUCCAAAAC